ACAAAGAAAAGAAAUGGCUCAACUUAUUCUUGGUCUUGGAAUUGGAUUGUUUACAUUGUUAUUAUUAUGGGCAAUAGCAAUCAUAUUUUGUUUGAUUUCAUCUCGUCUUCGUGUUCCGGCCAGUUAUAUUGGUCCAAUAUCCUGUAUGAUUGCAUUGUUUAUAACAAUAAUUCUAUUAUCAUUACCAAUAUCAAAACGUUUGGAUCAAUCGUUAUCAUCGAUAAAUAAUAAUAAUAAUAAUAAUAUUCGAAUGGAAAAUAAUAAUAAUAAUCAAUCGAUUCAAAUGACAUCUAUUGAUGAAAAUGAAUUUAUGAUUGUUGAUUGGAAUACCUAUAUUUUAUUACCAUUAUGUUUGAUAAUAUCAAUGAUAUUAUUAACAAUAACAUCAAUAAUGUCAAUACAAUUU